UGAUUUUGAGCACGCAACGGUGAAAUACAAAGUUUAAAAUUAUACGCGCUCAAACGAAUUUGUGACAAACCUGAGUUUUUAACAAGAAAAUAAGUGUACAUACACAUACAUGCACACACACAACUAAUGUAAGAAGUUGAUUUAAUUAAUUUUGGCUAUGGGAAAAUUUACUCCUGUAAGGCGAAUUUUCGUGCACGAAAAGUUUAUAAAUCGCAUUACAGUUAUUUGUUACACAUAAUAUAGUACAUAAUAAAUCGAAUUGAAUUACAAUUUGCUGGCAGAGUAAAGCAAAGCCGUCAAAUAAAUAUAUAAUACUUUGCCUAAAAAAAAAUUUUUUUUACGACAACCGACCACUACGACUGCUUUUGUAUGUGCGACUCCUCCUGAUUGUGGUGCUGCGCGUACACGAAACGGGUAGAAACCCGAAAGUGGAGAAAAAAGUGUGAAGUGAAAGGUGCAAAAUUUUUGUGAAAAAUGCUAUGUGUUACUAAAUACAUACAAACAUACACACGCUUGAGUGUAUACUUGUAAGUAUAUGCAUGUAGCUGCAUAAGCGAUAUUUCGUGAAAAACCAAUUGUAACAAAAGUGUCAAUUGGAAGUGAAUUUUCCACACAGGAACCCAGCAACAACAACAACUGAAGGCGAAAUUCAACGUUAAUACAUUUUGUAUGAGCGAAAAAUUGUCAGUAUCGAUAUUUUUUGAUGGGAAAAAAGGAUAAUUCGGCGUCGCAUAAAUUGGCGUACUAAAUGCAACCGUCUUGCUGCCGAGGAUUAUAAACGUUGUAGUAAAAUUUGUUGUUGUUGUUGUAUAUGGAUUUGUGGCACAACUACCUAAAACAGCUGCCGCACCGCACGGCAAAUGAACAGCGUAACACAUACACACAACACAGAAACCAGCGCGGCAACAAUAAGAUAGCGGCAAGCAGUAUUCAUUUCAAGGCAACGCCGUUAGGACGUGAACGAAGCGUAUUGGUCGUGACUGCCGGUGUGACGAAGUUACGUGUGUAAACGUGUGAAGCGAAAAUAACUGAAAUUAAUGAAACCAGAACGUAAGAGUAUUUAAAAUAAAUAAAUAAUUUGAAAGAAACACGAAGUUGAAAACGUUAAAGAAAAACGAAAAUAUUAAAAUAAAUACGAAAAUUAUUAGCGCCUGAGAAUGUGAAAAUGGCACAACUGUUUUGCUGUGACCGCCAACAACAACUGCAACGUGCAAAAUUAAUACGAAAACAUUUGCUUGCGUGAAAGUAACGAGCGCGUUGCUGCCACACACUCGCGCCGUUAAAAUUAUGUAAAGUAAUUUGGCGCAACAAAAAGAAAAAUAAUAAAAAGAAAAACAAAAAUCAGCUGUGCAUAAAAAGUGCAUGAAAAAAGGGGUUUGGUAACCACUAAAUUUAAUAAGUAUAACAUAAAAAACGACAGCUUGCUGCCACAACUUGCCGCACAACAAAUAAACAUAAAAGCAAACUAGCAAAGCGAAAAGCCAUUGCCGCAUGCAGGCAGUUAAUUGAAGGUUUAACAAACACAAAAGUAAAGAAAAGUAAUACAAAAGUGCAAAAUACAAAAUAAAAGCAAAGAAAAAAGAAUAAAAGUGUAGAAAAAACAUAAAAGUGAAGCAAAAAUAAUAAAACUGCAGAAAAAAUAAUAAAAGUGUAAAAAAACAAAUGCAAACGCAAGCGCUUUGCUGCACACACCAAAAGUAAUAAAAAAAUAUAUAUAUAUAUACUAAAACACCACACAUCAAAAAAUCAUAGCACCACACAACAUAAAAUAUCAAGCGCCACAUAACACCCCACACACAGGCACACAAGCAAACGCGCGCGCACAUUCCUCUUCCUUGCGCUAUUUUAAUGUGCGGAAAUGACGCACCUGCAACCCCAACGUCGCUACUACUCCCCAAUGCGUUUUAAAGGAGGCGGAGGUGGUGUUGUUGUUGUUGGUUGUGUCGGCAGCAGUGAUGAUGGCAGCGCUAUAGACGCCAACAUAAGCGCAAGUGUCAGUUAUACUCAACAAGCAGCUGGUAGCUGUAGCAGUGAAAGUGCAAUCGGCAACGGUGUAGAAACAGUGUUUAACACCGACGCUUGUACGGCGGCUGUUGCGCUCGAUUACUGUAGUCAUCCGGGCACUGCUAGCCCUGCGACGUUGCCGCGUCGCAAACGUAUCGGUGCCGCACUUACAACGUGCACACGCGCCAAUCGUCGCCCCAACCACCACCUCAGCACAAAACGUUUCAUUCCACCACCCAUACCGCAAUGUCGUCGGCAUCGUCGCCGCCACUGUUGGCCUGCGUUUUGUGUACAACAUUUCCUACUAUUCGCCCAUCUACUGUUGCUGUUUGCCUGCGGUGAUUUCCUUCAGGUUGCCACGGCCGAACCGUAUGGUGGGUCGUCUUCGUCGGUGGGUAUACACAUACCCGGCGGCAGUUUGGGCGUGAUCAGUGAGUCGCGUUGUCCGCGUGUUUGUUCGUGUAAUGGCCUGACUGUGGACUGUUCGCAUCGUGGUUUGACGCAAGUGCCGCGAAAAAUAUCGGCGGAUGUUGAGCGACUCGAUUUGCAAGGCAACAAUAUAACAGUAAUUUUCGAAGCCGACUUUCAACGCUUAACAAAACUGCGUAUACUCCAACUAACGGAUAAUCAAAUACACACAAUAGAGAAGGGCGCUUUCCAGGAUCUGGUGUCACUGGAGCGACUGCGCCUUAACAACAAUCUGCUAAAGGCGAUACCUGAAAAUCUAGUGUCAAGUUCAGCGAGUCUUUUGCGAUUGGACAUCUCCCACAAUAUCAUUACGACCGUGGGACGUCGGGUCUUCAAAGGCGCGCAAUCAUUACGUAGUCUACAGUUGGACAACAAUCAGAUCACGUGUAUGGAUGAGCAUGCGUUCAAGGGUCUUAUAGACUUGGAAAUUCUCACUUUAAACAACAACAACUUGACUUCGUUACCGCACAACGCAUUCAGUGGUUUAAAUCGUUUACGUGCUCUACGCCUGUCCGAUAAUCCCUUCUCGUGUGACUGCCAUUUGUCUUGGUUAUCACGUUUCUUACGUAGCGCACCGCGGCUUGCGCCAUAUACACGCUGUCAAUCGCCCUCGCAGUUGAAGGGUCAAAAUGUGGCGGAUCUGCAUGAUCAGGAAUUUAAGUGCUCAGGCCUCACCGAGAAUGCGCCAAUGGAAUGUGGCAUGGAGAAUAGCUGCCCACAUCCGUGCCGUUGUGCCGAUGGCAUUGUCGACUGUCGCGAGAAGAGUCUCACAAGUGUGCCAGUGUCGCUGCCAGAUGAUACGACGGAAUUGCGCUUGGAGCAGAACUUCAUUACCGAAUUGCCACCAAAAGCUUUUGCAAAUUUCCGUCGCUUACGUCGCAUUGACCUCUCUAACAACAACAUUUCGCGCAUUGCCCACGACGCUUUGGCUGGCCUGAAAGCGCUCACAACACUCGUGCUCUAUGGCAAUAAAAUAAAGGAUUUGCCCUCAGGCGUAUUUAAAGGACUUACAUCACUGCAACUUCUCCUGUUGAAUGCCAAUGAAAUCUCCUGUAUACGCAAGGAUGCCUUUCGCGAUCUGCACAGCCUCAGCCUGCUGUCGCUUUACGAUAACAACAUUCAAUCGCUGGCUAAUGGCACCUUCGAUGCGAUGAAGAGCAUACAAACAUUGCAUCUGGCAAAGAAUCCCUUCAUUUGUGACUGCAAUCUUCGCUGGCUGGCUGAUUACUUGCACAAAAACCCCAUCGAGACAAGUGGCGCACGCUGCGAGGCCCCAAAGCGCAUGCAUCGGCGACGCAUUGAGUCAUUGCGUGAGGAGAAAUUCAAAUGCUCUUGGGACGAUAUGCGUAUUAAAUUGUCGAGCGAAUGUCGCGCAGAUGUCGAUUGCCCGGCAAUGUGUCAGUGUGAUGGCACUUCAAUUGAUUGUUCAGGUCGUGGCCUCAAAGAAAUUCCGCGCGAUAUACCGCUACACACCACCGAACUUCUUUUGAACGACAAUGAACUGGGGCGCAUCAAAUCCGAUGGUCUCUUUGGACGUCUGCCACAUCUGGUUAAACUCGAUUUGCGACGCAAUCAUAUAACCGGCAUUGAACCGAAUGCUUUUGAGGGUGCCAAUCGUAUACAGGAAUUGGUUUUGGCCGAAAAUAAAAUACGUGAGAUUUCGAAUAAAAUGUUUUUGGGUUUGCAUCAGUUGAAGACGCUGAAUCUUUACAACAAUCAAAUCUCUUGUGUGAUGCCCGGUUCUUUUGAAUUCCUGUCAUCGCUCACCUCACUCAACUUGGCUGCCAAUCCAUUCAAUUGCAACUGUCAUUUGGCCUGGUUUUCCGAGUGGCUACGAAAGAAGGGUCUGGUUGGCGGUGCGGCACGUUGUGCUGCCCCCUCGAAAGUACGUGAUAUGCAAAUUAAGGAUCUGCCACAUAACGAGUUCAAAUGCACAUCCGACAACAAUGAAGGCUGUUUGGGUGAUGGCUAUUGUCCGCCCGCCUGCACUUGCACCGGCACCGUUGUACGCUGUUCGCGUAAUCAAUUAAAAGAGAUACCACGUGGCAUACCGGCGGAAACGUCCGAGUUAUAUCUGGAAUCGAAUGAAAUAACAAUGAUACAUUUGGAUCGGAUACGACAUUUGAAGGCAUUGACGAGAUUAGAUUUGAGUAACAAUCAAAUCACGUUCCUUUCUAAUUACACCUUCGCCAACCUGACGAAUCUGUCGACGCUCAUUAUAUCCUACAACAACUUGCAAUGUCUGCAACGUUACGCCAUGUCGGGUCUACAAAAUCUGCGCGUACUCUCCCUUCACGGCAAUCGUAUAUCCAUGCUGCCAGAGGGCACAUUUGAAGAUAUGAAGUCACUAACACACAUUGCGCUAGGCAGCAAUCCAUUGUACUGUGAUUGCUCACUCAAAUGGUUCUCGGACUGGAUAAAAUUGGACUAUGUAGAGCCGGGUAUAGCGCGUUGUGCCGAACCCGAUUACAUGAAGGAUAAAUUGAUACUCUCGACGCCCUCACACAACUUUGUCUGUAAGGGCAAAGUGAGCAAUGAGAUUAUGGCUAAAUGUGAUGCCUGUUACACGCAUCCCUGUGAGAAUAAGGCGCAGUGCAUACCGUUGCCACAGCGUGACUACCAAUGCCUUUGCCUCCCCGGUUAUCAUGGCAAACAUUGUGAAUUCAUGAUCGACGCCUGCUAUGGCAAUCCGUGCCGCAACAAUGCCACCUGCACGGUGCUCGAAGAGGGACGUUUCAGCUGUCAGUGUGCGCCAGGCUAUACAGGCGCGCGUUGCGAGACGAAUAUCGACGAUUGUCUCGGCGAUGUUAAGUGUCAAAAUAAUGCUACAUGUGUGGAUGGUGUGGAAUCGUAUACUUGCGAGUGUCAACCGGGCUUUACAGGUCAAUACUGCGACACGAAGAUUAACUUUUGCAGCGACGAGUUUAAUCCUUGUGCAAAUGGCGCCAAAUGCCACGAUCACUUCACCCACUACACCUGCGAGUGUAUGGCCGGUUUUCAUGGCAUCAAUUGUACGCAAAACAUUGACGAUUGUCAGAAUCACAUCUGUCAAAAUGGUGGCACCUGUAUCGACGGCAUCAACGAUUACAUCUGCAAAUGCCCAGAUGAUUUUACUGGCAAAUAUUGUGAGGGUCACAAUAUGGUUUCAAUGAUGUAUCCACAAACAUCACCCUGUCAAAAUCACGAAUGCAAACACGGCGUUUGCUUCCAGCCAAAUCCCUCGGGCUCAGAUUAUUUAUGUAAAUGUCAUCCCGGUUAUACUGGCAAGUGGUGCGAGUAUUUGACCAGUAUUAGCUUCGUGCAUAACAAUUCGUUUGUGGAAAUGGAACCAUUACGCACCAAACCGGAUGCGAAUGUAACCAUCGUCUUUAGUAGCUCCGAACAGAAUGGCAUACUCAUGUAUGAUGGUCAGGAUGCGCAUAUAGCUGUGGAGCUCUUCAACGGGCGCAUACGCGUUAGCUACGAUGUCGGCAAUUAUCCAGUGUCCACAAUGUAUAGCUUCGAAAUGGUGGCCGAUGGUAAAUAUCAUUGUGUCGAACUGUUGGCUAUCAAGAAAAACUUUACGCUGCGCGUCGAUCGCGGUCUUGCAAGAUCGAUUAUAAAUGAAGGUUCCAAUGAUUUUCUCAAAUUGACCACACCCAUGUUUUUGGGUGGUCUACCGCCCGAACCGGGGCAGCAAGCCUAUAAGAAUUGGCAGAUACGCAAUUUGACCAGCUUCAAGGGCUGCAUGAAGGAGGUGUGGAUAAAUCACAAGCUGGUGGACUUUGAGAAUGCUGCCAAGCAGCAGAAGAUAACACCAGGAUGUGCAUUGCUCGAAGGCGAGACGGCGGAGGAUGAUGAGCAAGACUUUAUGGACGAAACGCCGCAUAUUAAGGAGGUGGAUCCUUGCGAAAAUCACAAAUGUCGUCGUGGCAGCCGCUGUGUUCCUAACUCGACAUACCGUGACGGUUAUCAAUGCAAAUGCAAGCAUGGUCAGAAGGGCCGUUACUGCGAACAAGGUGAGGGCACUACAGAGCCCGCAACAAUAACUGUGGCGUCCACUUGCCGCAAAGAACAAGUACGAGAAUAUUAUACCGAAAACGAUUGUCGCUCACGUCAACCGCUCAAAUAUGCGAAAUGUGUUGGCGGUUGCGGUAAUCAGUGCUGCGCUGCAAAAAUAGUGCGAAGACGAAAGGUCCGCAUGGUCUGCAGCAAUAAUCGCAAAUAUAUAAAGAAUUUAGAUAUCGUGCGUAAAUGUGGAUGUACAAAGAAAUGCUACUGACUGGAAGAUGCGACUACCCAAAUGCACAAUAGUAGCUUAGAUUUAAAUUUAGGACAACAUAGUAAUAACAAUAAUUUUAAUAUUAAUAAUAAUAACAGUAAUUUAAGUACUAGCACUAGUGAUAGCAACGAUAAUGAAUGUAUAUUUAACUGUAGCAACACAAAAGUUUUACUAAUAUCUAACAAUAACAAUAACAACACUAAAACCGGGAGACAAAUGAUGGCCGCUCAAGAGACAAAGACUGCGGAUGAAAGAGUAGAAAAUGUGGCGAGCGCAAACAUAACAAAUACAAGUGGUGGUGUGAUAGUUGGUGUGGUCAGAACACACAACCGUGGCAACAUCAUGUACAACGCGCAGGAAAGAAUACGGCAAACAGCCGGUGGUUUGCACGUGACAGGUGGCAUAUUAGUCGAUGAGAGCGCUAGUUACGAGACUGAUGAAGAGACGGAGCGUAUGCAAUUGAACCCAAGCGGUGAUGAGGGUUGGGAUGAUGAAUAUGAUGAUGAUGAUGAGGAUGCAGAUGAAGACGAAAUGGACAAUACAGACGAGGAUGGGGACCAAGACGCUGACGCGGUCGCUGCGCCUUACGUUGACAGCGUAGCUACAGUGAAUGUGGCUGCGCAAGAGCGCGGUAGCGCCACAUACGAAGCGCUACCCGAAGCCAAAGGUCUUGUACAAGCGCUGAUAGGCGAUGAAAAUGAAUCGAUUAAAAAUAUGCCGGACAUUUUGAAGACGAAAAGCAUUUCCGCAGGCGCAAGUAAAGUCGAUGAUGAGGAAGAAGAUAUGGGUUUUGAUGAGGAUGACGAACGUAUUGCGAUAAUUGUCGAGCGGCAACGUGGCAAUGCAAACGACAAUGAUAAGGGCUUCAUGAAUGAGGAGGGCAGUGGCGCAAGUGGUGGGGCAUACAGACGGACCGAAGCAAAUGGGUACAAAAAUAACAGAUUUAGAUUAGAUUAUGCUGAGAAAUAUCGUAGGAAGCAACAAAAAUUGCAAACGGAAUAUACGAAUAGAGGCGUAGCCGAUGCGCGAGAAGGCAGCGGCAAUUUUGCCAACGAUGAUGAUGAUGACGAUGAUGAUGAUAGCGAUGACGUUAAUGAUGAUGACGAUGAUGAUGAUGGCGUUGACGAUGAUGUGGCUAGCAACGCUGACGCUAACGAUGAUGCCGACCGCCAAGAAGGUGAUGGUUAUUUUAAUUCGAAGCAUACGAAAUCGAGUAAUCGGUAUUUCCGUAAAAAUACGAAUGACGCAAUUAAAAUAAUCUCAACACCGCUAGGCAAGGUCGGUAUCGUGUAUCAGCAGACGCCGACAAAUGAGGAUGGCAACAACAACAACAACGCCAACAGCAAAAACAAAAAUCAGGAUACACUGGGCGACAAGAAGACAAGUUCGUUUACGGACUUCGAUGCACUGUCGCCCGAUCCUGAAAGCAGUCAUCGCUUAGCAUCAUCUCAUCCAAAAAUUACGCCAGUCUUGACACCCGAUGGCAAGGUUGCACUGCUUUAUCGCGGCGAUUCGGAGAAUUCCAAAUACGAACCGAUACGUAAUUUAACGCAUAAAUUUAACAACAACAACAACAGCAAUAAUAAUAAUAAAAACGACUUUACGGACAAUAAAGCACUUGCUAGCGGUACAAGUAGUAAGGAUACGUCUGAUUUUCCAAACAACGACAGCGAAGAUGAAUCGGCUGACGAGUCAGAAGACGAUUACGAUCUGGAUAGUGACAGCAGCAGCAGCAGUAGCAGCAGCGGCAAAGAUAGAUCACCAAUACAUUCGCGCAAAAACAAUGUAAACCCCACAGUCGAGACGCAAAAGGCGGCCAUACAAAAUCCUGCCACCGAUGCUGACGCACCCGUCGCUGCGGGCGGCUCAUUCAUCAUACGCCCCACCGACUCCGUGCUGCCCAUGAUAAAUCGCCCACUCUCCGAAGUGCUCGGCAUAAAGAAGAAUCAAUUCAAACAAUUCCGCAUCAAAGAUAUACCAACAGCGCCGCCAAAUACCGACACAGCCGGCGAUCCACGUUCGCUGGCUGGCACCUCCAUCGAUCGCACACUCGACACAACGACACUACACUUCCUUACAAAAGUCAAUUUAGCCGAAUAUCCAACAUCGAUGAAGACGCGUAAUUUCGAUUUCGAUUUUAGUCGCGACAAUACAAUGCUGGACGAACGUUCGCGUCACAAAGAACACCAAUUCCAUCAGCAACAACAGCAAGGCACCGCAAUUGUUGGCCCCAACGGCAGUUCGGGCAAUAGCAAUAACAAGUUAAAUACAAUUGCCAACGAAGAGGUGCUCGCCAAAACCGAAGUGGUCAAUUUGGCGAUAAUACCACACUUCGAUGAGGAGCUCGAACGCCUACAACGUUUGCGUGAGCAUGAAACACGCCGACACUACCGGCAACGCUAUCGCCAAAAGCCGAGCGAGGAGGAGCUGUCGGGUAUACAUUGCAUCAUGCAGGCCAUGAUGGGCAUAGCGGCCAUAUCGACAGUGUUCGGCAUGUUGGGCACGUUCUUUAAGCAACGAAUACUCGAUCAAAUACGCUUGAUGCAUUGGUAGUACAGCAAGGGUAUUCGAUUGUAUGGCGAAUAUUAUAUGUAUAGAAUGUUGUCGACAAUUACAAUUGAAUACCCCAGUUCAUCCGCACAACGACAUCUGCAACGUCAUCAUCACCAUUACCAUCAUCUCCAUCAGCGACAUCUCCAACAUCCGCAACAUCGUCAGCAUAAACAACAACACCAACAAAAAUACAACACAUACACGAACAACAUGAACAACGCAGCUAUUGUAAGCAGAAUUUAUUGUAAAUCUAUUUCCUUGCACCCACACAAAUGCAUAGCAAUAACAAAGAAGCUUUUAAUACUACUAUUUACUAUAUAAAUACCUACGUACAUACAAGUAUUUACAUGCAUACACUAAAACGAAACUAAACACUAUGCAACGCCAUCAAACAAACGAAUAUACGCUGUUGUAGGCUUUCGAGUUUAAUUUCGAAUUCGAAAAUCAAAAAAACUUUUUCUGUAUAAGAUUACUGCAUUUUCUUAUACAAAUGGUGCCGAAAUUUAAAAGUAAUUAUUUUGUUUUUUAGAAAUUUUGGAAUUAUUAGAGUAUAUUUUUGACAAUUUGAAAGCAAAAUAUGUUCCAAAAGUAAAACUAUUGCUAAAUAUCUAAAUAUAAUUUACAUAAAAUUUUACUUAUUUUAUAUACAUUUUCAAAUCCUUUACUUUUUUUUGUUUUUCUAUUAAUUUUCGACGGCAAAAAAUUAUACAAAAUCUUUUUAAAGCUUCAAGUUCAUAGUCAAAAUUUUUUUUUAUAAAAUAUUUAUGCUCAAAACCCUUUUCAAAAAUUUCAAACUUGCACAAAUUUUUUAAAAAUUAUCAUAUUUUUAAUACAAAUUAUAUAAAAUUCAAUAAAAAAAAUAUAAUUCAUACAGAAAUAUUUUUUUUAUUAAGUGUUUAUUCUCAAACAUAUGUAACAAAAUUUUUUAAAUUCCAAACUUGCACAAAUUUCAUGUAAAUUUUCAUAUUUUUAAUAAAAAUUAUAAAAAAAUUCAAUGAAAAAAAAUUAAAUUCAUAUAAUAUCAAUUUUUCAUAAAAUAUUUGUUCGCAAAAAUAUGUAAAUCAUUUUUAAAAUUCCAAAUUUGCGAAUUUUUUAAUAAAAAUCUCCACAUUUUUAAUACAAAUUUGAAAAAAACUUCGAAAUCAAACGCCAUGCCUACAGCACACACCUACAUAUGUAUACUCUAUACACACACAUACAUAAUAUUUAUAUAUAAAAAAAAAAAUAUUUUGCUUACGCUGAAAAUUUAACAUAAAAUGUAACUACAUACAUGCAACUUGUAACUAAUAAUCUAACAACCAUUUGUACACAAACUAACAAUAUGACAUACAUACAUACUUACAUAUAUAGCUACUCUUAAUCAUAUUCAUAAACGCAUACAUACUCGUAUAUGCCCCUUUUUAAAUGUAUUUGUAUUUUCCCCACUUUAAGCAUAAGCUGAAAAAUAUGUAUGUAAACUAUAUACUAUCCACUACUACAUACACACUAUUAUUGUAUUGUCACUAUACAUACUAAUGCUAAAAAACAUCACAAAAAAUUAACACUUCCUUAAAAAACUCAUAUUAACGGAUUCGUGCAAGAAGCUACCCAGAUGAAGAAAAAAACUAUGGCGCACUGAACGCAACACGCUGCAGCGGUAAAGCGGAAAAAAUUAUUAUAAAUAGUUGAAAACGCUUACAAAUACAUUUGACAUCGCCAUGCGUCGCGAAAGUUAAGUCAGCGAAAACCGAACCGAAACAGCAGAGCGUACGACCGCGUAGCGCUAGUAGGCGUGGUAAAGCGUGCGAGCAUAAUGAACGUGAUCACUAAGGAUGUUUUUUGAAUAUUUGUUUAGUUUUUCAUACUUCUCCCUUAACUUUCGACAAGGUUAAAACACUAUGUAAAAAAAAACCAACAAUUUCAACACCUAACACGCACUGUCAUUCAAACUGCACUUGUCCAGCAAAAAUUUAUAAAAAUUUACAAAGUAUAUACAAACAAACAUACAUGACGUCCAAACGAACACAACGCCUCCCUAGCAAAUUGGCAGGCUACCAAUUAGUGUCAAUUCAAAACCCACCACACACAUAGCCACGCACCAACCCACAUACAUGAGCAAUUGGUCAUCAUCCGCAGUCAAAAAUUACUCCCUUUGUUCCAUACAAAAUGCCAUUUUGAAUAUUUUUAUACGAACAUUCAAGAAAGCAAAUCUCAUUAGAUCACACAAAAGCAUGUCAAAACACUAUAAAAGUUUUAAAAAUUACAAAAUAAUACAUUUACGCGCGCCAAUGCAAGCAAAUAAAAUGCAAUAACCGCAGAUAAAGAAAUUACAAGUAAAAUGAUUGUAAACAAAAAACAAAACAAGAAUUGGCAGGCGAAAAUAAGUGUAAUGUUAAAAAUAGUUGCAAUAUAAAUUUUAAAAAGCACAAUUGUAUGAAGUUGAAAGUGGCUUUUAAAAUAAAUGAAAUUAUCAAAUAAGAACAUGUUGAAAAAUUAGCGCUUAAGCAACAGGAAGAAAGUAUUUAUUUAAAUUAAUUAAAAAAUAAGACAAAUAUUGCAGAAAAGCACGCAGCAGUAGUCGCGGCAUACAUGCUGCCGCUGUUGCAAAUGAAGUGUGCGCAACUUUUUGUUGCAGCACAAGCAAAUAACGAAUUUUCAAAGAAUUAUAAAAUAAAAUAAAAUAAAGAAAAGCAACUAAAUUAAAAAAAGUAAAAACGAAGAAGAAAUGCAUAAAACAAGGCAUGCAAGCAAUGCAUUGAAACAACUAUAGUUUAAGUUUAAACUUAACAACUUAACAUCUAAGCUGGGUAGUCGCAUGUAAAUCUCUAAACUAAAAACAAAACAAAAAAACCUUAACCCUUAGUAAUUAGCCUAACUUACUUUAAGUAUUAGUUGUAAUGCAAUAACGAACGAAUUAAAACAAUAAACAAAGAAAACAACAGCUGUUUAAAAACAAACUGAAAAUUAAAACUAAAAAGCAUACCAAAAUGAAGUAAAAAACAAAACAUACACCUUAAAAAGAAACAGAAUUAACUGAAAAAAAAAUUUUGUUUACAUGUACUAUUUAAACGCCAACAACCAACACUGCAUUUAAACACAAAUUAACAAUUAUAACAAUUAUUACUGCAAAUGCAUUAACGAAUUACGAAUUGCCGAAACGAAUAAUUUUAAAUGUUUAACAUGUUUUUAAAUAGUUUUCUUUCUUUUUUCUAUACUAUAUACAUAUAUACAAAAUCUUAAGGAAUUAUACAAUUUUACUCGAAAAUGCUAACAUCAAGUUACAAACCACACAUAAAUAUGCAAAUAUAUGCUUUUUUUAUGAACAACUGCACGCAUUUGUCAUUUGUGCGGCAUAUCAGUUUAUGUAAUUUUUAUUAAUUUAUUUCUUUUUUUUAUUUUUGUACAUUGUAUUGUAGUUAUUAACUCUUGCGAGUCUAACAUAGAAUAUACUAUAUAUUUAUGUCCUGUAUAUGUAUGUAUUGUAAUUGUGUGUCGUGCAUAUGCAAUAUAUGAUAUAAUUAACAUACAUACACACAUACACACACCACACGCGCACACAGCCGUAUAAAAAUGUGUUCUAUAUGAUUGUUUUAUAUCCAACAAUAAACUACAUAAUCGAAAAAUAAAA